AACAAAAAAUAACCUAGCCUGAUGAAUUGCCAUCAAAUUCUCACAGGGGCAUGCAAUGCCGGAGAUCGCACUUUCUCCGUUGGCUUCGUGGAAGGAGUGCCUUUCACGGCAUAUACAGCUGGGAGCAAUAUUGUCAUCUUGGCAAGCAACUUUGAACGUGUCCAGAUCAUCCCAGGUGUUAUGCAUGAGAAUGUUCACAUCAACUGCAUUGAUAGCUCCACUGAUACAGGAAAGAUUGCAGCUGCCUAUCGAAACCAUGUCAUCAUCUAUGAACCUGUGCCCCUCAUCUUACAUAAUUCAGUGCAUCGUUUGGAUUAUAAGUGGGUGGAAACCAGUCAAUUGAAAGCUGACUGUAGCAUUAACACUUUGGCCUGGAAUCUGGAAGGAACAAGAAUCAUCACAGCUGGUGAGAUGAUCCAGAUGUGGCAGGUUGUCAUAGCUGAACCCAUUCAAAAACCUCCAGAAGAAGAGCCAGUAAAAAAAGUGAAGUUUCGCCUUGGAGAAGACAUAGAAGUGCCAAAUGCCUCUCAUUCACCACAAUGGGCUGGUGAUCAUGAAGAUGACUCUUGGGAAUGCAUCUGGAGUUGUAGCACACCAAGUCCUGUGUAUUUCCUUGCGUACUCUACUGAUGGGACCUUGUUUGCAACUGCAGGAAAGAAUGACCGUGUACCCAAAGUCUGGUUUGAGAAUUAUCACAUGGGAAUCAUCUGCCAGAGUUUGGAUGGCCAUUCAGGGAGUCUUUCAACAACAAACCAGAUCAACUACAGUUUUGUAUACCUGGCUCAUCCAAGAGCUGUCACAAGCCUCAGCUGGCGAAAGACUUCCAAAUACAUGCACAAAGGGUCUGUGGCAAAUGUGUUGGUGACAUCAUGCAAGGACAACAUCUGUCGAAUCUGGGUGGAGACCCAGUUGCCAGAUGAUGGGCUAGUCAACAUACAGCAGCUAGAUCCCUAUGCAGGCCACAACCCAAAAUUACGCAAUCAUCGACAGAAGCAUAGAUUCAUGCAGCGCCUCAAGCACAUGAAAACAUGCUUCAUGUUCAGGAGGAGAGUGGCAGCUGCAGCGGCAGCAGCAGCAAAGAAUCGAGAUGGGGGAGAUACAGACAAAACUGUAGUCCCCCAAGUGGAUUAUCCCAUUCCUAUGCUUCCAUCCACAUUCAGCAUUCAUGACUUUCACAGUGUGGGGAUUCAGAAUUUUCCCACGUCUUCCAUUCACUUCCAUCUUGCUGCUAGCAUUAAUGCUCAUACAGAUAUUCCCUUGGUGCCAAGCCUGGCACCACUGGAUCAUACAAGUGUGGAAAUGGAUCGCCUCAAUCAGACCCAGUUUGUGCUUCACUGGCUGAACAACAAGGAAAUGUACUUCACAAUGCAAGCUGAGCAAAUCCUCCUGGAGCUGGGCAAGAAAGCCCUGGAAUCUGAGAUGAUGUCUCAGAACAUCCCUGCCUCUCAGGGUAGUUCAGACUCUGACCUGGAGGCCAAUGAAGUUGAUGAUGCACCUGCUUCUAAAACCACUGGAAAAAAAGUAGGGUUUCACCUGCCCCGUUCUCCAUUCCAUCACCAUAAUCAGCAACAGCAAAAGCUUCUGCUGCCACUAGACAAUGACACCCUUAUUGCUGCAUCCAACAACAGAUCCCCUAUCAAUGGCCACCUUGAUGGGACAUUGUUUCCUCUGGCUGACACGCUUGACCGGAAGAUAGAGACUCUCCAUCGAGACUGGCAUCAUUCUCCUGACCUCCUCUUCUCAAUUCACCCCAUUGAUGGUUCCUUCCUGGUUUGGAUGGUGGAGUGGUUGGAUGAGUUCCAGCCUGGUUCCUUCCGUCAGGCCCAGGUAUCUUUCUCAACCCGCAUUCCAAAUGCUCUGCCCCUUGGGGAUGCCAUGAGCAUGAGCACAAACAUCGGUCUCUACUCUAAUCAUCUUGUGCUGGAUCUUAAACAUGCCCUGCGCUUGGAUGAGAAAAGGAGCAUGCAGCAUGAGUUCCAUGAUAAAAUCAUCAAGGAAGAGGAAGAAGGUGAAGAUGAUGAGGAAGGGAGUGAGGGAAACACUGAAGGACAGGAUGAAGGGGAUGAUGAUGAUGAUGAUGAUGAGGAUGAAAAUGAGAAGAGAAUAUCUCCAAUGAUUUCCAUGCUCUCCAAGCAUGCAAAUGGCACCCUCAACCUCUGGCGCCUUACAUUUGCAGACCAUUCCAAGUACUCCCAGGUCCUAAGCAUUGGUCAUUCUGCCCGAGUUUGUGGACAUAGGUAUCGUGUGAAUGAAAUCACUUGCCAUCCUGUGCUGCCUCUCCUGCUCUCAACAUCGCAUCACAAUGUCAUGAUAGCUUCCUCUCCCUCAGUUGGCAACACCCCAAUUUCUGACAAUCCCAGACUCCCUGAUGACAUUGGGGCCCCAUUACUCCGAUCACCAUCAGUGGACUCAGUGUCUGAAACAUUCUGCAGUGAACUAAUCCUGUGGAAAGUUGAACCUGUUGGGCCGCUUUCAAAAUCUGGAGGAGUCACUGAACUGGCCCGACUCUCAUCUCCUGAAGACUCUGCCUUCUCCAACUGUGCUUGGAUACCUACCCUUUUGCCAAGUUCUACCUUGGGGAACCUGUCAAACUCUCCAAGUGCCUGCUUUGUGGCAUCAGAUGGACAUUGCUUACGGGUGUAUCAGGCUGUCAUUGAUGCCCGUGCACUCCUUGCUGAAGUUUCAACUGCUGAGCGGAAUCGGCUAAGAUCUGGAACAUCAAGUCGCACAAGCUCCCCAAUAGGCAUCCAAGAGACAAAGGAGUCCUUCACAAGGUCCAUAAAAAUUGUGUCUCAGCAGUCAACAGCUCGUCCAGGCUGCAUCAUCCUCCUGGAUGCCAUCACUGAUUCUCUUCAUGACUGGCAGAACACAGUGUUCCUGCAUGUAUACCAAGAGCAGAUGAUCCAUGGCUCAAGCUCAUUGGGAAACAUCUUGGAAGGAGCCAUGGUGGAUCUUCGCUCCUCGUCCAUGUUCACUGAACCAUUUUAUGUUGUCCUAAUUGAGAAGACUGAUGAAGGUUCUCUCCUCCACAUGUGGCGAAUGGUUGUCUCAUCCCAGCCUGCUGCUCAAGGUGACUUUGGUAGUGGGCACAUGUAUCUGCCAGACUCAACAUUCAUGCAGGAGGAGCCCAACUCUCCUCUCAGUCACACCAACUCUCCCCUGUUCAUGCAUUCAGAUGGCAUGUCAGGUUUGGCUGGAUCCUGCAAGAGCUUGUGUGUCGUGUAUACCUGCCAAUUUCAAGUGAUGCAGAGAUCAUCCAUGCGACUCCUUCAGCAGGUCAUCUCAGCUCUGCCUCCAUCUAUCCUGGAUGCCUGGCCCCCUAUGUCUUUGUUACUGCAUGUUCUGACUCCACUGUCCGGCAUGCCAUUGAAUGUGAAUGCUUCAUACAGUGGGAGGGUGGCUUGUGCAUACAAGGCAGGGAAGUCAUUCACCCGUCCAUCUUCCAUUGACCCCCACACCAGAUAUGUCAAUCUCUGUGUCAGUAUAUAUGAGUGUGAAUCCACUGGAGGCUCGGAAUGGGUGUUGGAGGAUACAAUUCAGCUAAAGAACAUUUCCCUACCAAGAGUGCGGCAGAAGAAGGGACUGGAUCUGAGCCUGGUAUAUGAUCAGGCACUGCGGGAGAAGCGCCAGACUUCGGUCAAUGCUUUGGUGAAAAACUUUUCUCAUAGUGAAUUGGAGUCACUGAGCAUCAGUCCGGCUGCCUCCAUCCGCAUUCGACAUCAUGCAAACCCAGCUCUGGAGCAUCUAAUUCAUGAACACUGUAAUGUUCAAGGCACUGGAAUUGAUGGAUUCCUAUCCCUUUCCAAAGGUCCUCCUGUGGACACAAAUCAGUCUGAGGCAGAGGGAACAUUACAGGGCUUGCUUGCAGUGCCAAGCUUCUGUACCUUACAAACCCUCAGACGACACAUCAGUAGCCAUGGAAAUCCUGACACCAUGGCUCAAAAGCACCUAAUGCAACUGGAUUGGGUUUCUCGUGAAGAUGGAUCCCAUAUCCUCACAGUGGGUGUGGGGAGCAAAAUCCUCAUAUUCACCCCUGUAUCAAGUGAUAUGGCCCAGGCAAAUCUAACUGCCAUGAAGGAGAGCCGUAGCCAAGCAAGACCAGUUCUUCUCAAGCAGGCUAGCUCCCUUGCCAUGAAUACCCUUGCCCUGGAUGAAGUCAGGUGGAUGAAGUUACGUGAAGUUACCCUAAAGUCUUGUGAUGGGCUCCCUCCACUCCCAAUGCACCUUUCAUGGGUGAGGGAGGGGAUCCUGGUUGUGGCCAUGGAUUCUGAAAUGCAUGUCUACUCUCAGUGGAAGCCCAAUCGUUAUGGUGGAUACUUUGGUCGUGGGGACCACCUGAGUGAGGACACUUUGAAGAGCCGUUGCCUGACAGAGAGUGACUUGCGAAACCUGGCGCAGGGUGCAGUCAGUCGCCGCAUGGCCCACGUGGCUAGCAUGGCCAGCCUUCCCCGCACUCUCUCCAUGUCCAGUCUCUUUUCUGCUGAGGGCAAGUGGAGCAAGAAGAGUGCAGCCAGCUUCAUGUCAAUGACAUCUGCUGGAGUGGCCAGCCACCAGAGCCUCCCUGAUGAUAUGCCUGACUUUGGACUCUUUGAGGCAAGUCGAAUAGUGUCUCCCAUCCUUCCUCAGUACCACCCAAAACAACUUAUGGAGCUCCUCAAAUUGGGGAAGAUCCGUCGAGUCAAGGCUAUUCUCACUCAUCUUGUUCGGUGCAUUUCUGCAACGGAGAAGCCCUUCCAAUAUUCAGCUUGCAGCCAACCUGGCAGCUUUGAAGACAGUACUGAAGCACGUCGGAAAAGUUGGUCGCGCUCACGUGCACUUUCUGUGUCUGGUCCUAAUGCAAAUGCUUCAAGUCCCAUGGAAAGUGGAAUGAUACCUGAGGAGUUGAUGUUGGAUUAUGUGGAAAUAAGUGCUAUUCCACCCCUCCCUAUUUGGAUGCUCCUGGCUGCUGACAAGGAGACUGGGGCCAUUGCCCAAAGUGCUGAAAAAUCUCAGGAUUACUCAGGUCUCUUUGAGGGAGAAAUUGUGACUGGAGAUGACCAGGCACUUGAUGAUCUCCUGGACGAGGAGGAUCAUGAAGGUCAACGAACUCGCCGUCGGUCUCUCAGUGGGGAACGAAAAGGUUUUGCCUACUUUGGACCAAAAGAGGCACGUCACCUCAGUCGUCUACUAACACAUACUCAUCUGCCUGGACUGAGCAGCUUGGAUCAGAUGCAUCUGCUUGCCAUUGCUGAUACUGUUGCCUCCUGUAAUGUCGAUUUUGCUGACCGUUUUGCCAUUGAGAGUGCUAAGGCACAGCUGGCUAAAGAGAGCAACAUGGGACAUGCGGCCUCUUCUGCGCAAGACUCCCUAGAUGAUUGCGGACUACGAUUCCUCCUGGCAAUGAAACAUCACUCCUACCUUCUACUGUGCCUACCACUAGCUCAACGGGCAACCCUGCAGAAGAAGGGCAUUGACUCCUCAAUGAUUGUUUGGGCAUUCCAUUCAGAAAGUGAGGAGGAAAUGCUACAACUGGUUCCAUCAUAUGAGAGGGGUGAUACUAAGUGGAGUGAACUGAGGGAGCUAGGUACUGGUUGGUGGCUCCGCACACAUACAGUUCUUCGGGUCUGCGUUGAAAGGUUGGCAAAGAAGGCAUUCCAAACCAAACAAGACCCUUUGGAUGCUGCUAUCUUCUACCUUGCUAUGAAGAAGAAAUCAUUGGUUUGGGGCCUGUUCCGCUCUGUGCGGGAUACAAGGAUGACAGCCUUCUUUGCCAAUGACUUCAGCCAAGAACGAUGGAGAAAGUCAGCACUCAAGAAUGCAUUUGCACUACUGGGAAAGCAACGUUUUGAGCAUGCAGCUGCCUUCUUCCUCCUUGCGGGUGCCUUAAAUGAUGCGGUUGAGGUCUGUUUAAAUAAGCUGAAUGACCUGCAGCUGGCUAUGGUCAUCUGUAGGCUCUACGAGAAUGAUCUGGGCAGGACUCCACCUAGUCUCAAGAAGCUUCUCUAUGAGGAGAUACUGGGUUGUAACAAUGAAGGAAAGGACCAGAAACUGGAUCGAGCUCACCCUGAUCCAUUUCUCAGGUCAAUGGCAUAUUGGAUGCUUGGAGAAUACAGAGAGAGCCUCAAUACCCUUCUGUUGACCAAUGUGGGACAGGACCACCUCUCAAUGGAACAGAGUGACAAACCCAGACAUAGCUCUGAGAAGACUGAUCCAAGUGUGUUCAAUUUUUACAUAUACCUUCGAACACAUCCAUUACUUGUGAGGCAACAGUUGGCCUCCUUUGCCAAGGGAGGCCUGGUUGUGACAUCUGUUCCUUCUCGACAUGCCCCUGGGUUGCCUAAUUCUCAUUUGCCAGGAGGAGACAGUGUGACAGCUGCUGAACGUCGCCUUUACUUCACAACUGCUCAUGCUCACUUCCGUUCUGGUUGUCCUGCUCUUGCCCUGGAGGUUCUCUGCAAACUGCCUCCCCUCAUCAUGGAAGGAAACACCAGAGCUGACUGUGAUCUGUAUGUGAUCUUGGUCAUUCCAGAGUCCCCAGAAGCAGAGAUGAAGGAGACCAUGACUGAGGCUCCAAAAGACCAAGGAGCUGAUCAGUUUGACUGGUCCCAGCCAGUCAUAGAUCAGCUCCAUGAUGAGCUGAAGUUGGAAUGGAGUGAUGGUGAGAAGUCUGAUGAAGAUGAAGAAGAAAAGGAAGAAACAAAACCAGAGGUCAGUGAGAAACAGGAACAGGAGGCCAAGGAACCCCAGAAGGAAACAGGGAGGGGUCAGCUGGACAUCAUGGCCCAGCAGUUGAAGUUCAUUGCAUGCCUUCAAAUUCUCAUGGAAGAGCUGAGCACUCUAGCUACUGGCUGUGAAGUGGAUGGUGGUCAGCUCCGCUUCCAACUCUAUGUCUGGCUGGAAAGGGAAGUCCAUGCCCUCAAGCAGUUAUGUCACUAUGGUGUGGACACUCCACAUGCUACUGAGAUCCAAGAUGAGAUAACAUCAUCAGGUGAAGUAGCAGAUCUGAGCUUGCGUCGGAGUCUGUCAGGUUCAGACAUGCAGCCCACACUCCAUGAAAUCCUCUUGGCUGACAAGCUUGACUUUGAGGCCAAGCUAAAACGAGCUGCUCGACGAAAGGAGUGGCUCAAAGCAAAUCAGCCCCUGUUGAGAACCUUGCUGAGUUACUGCAGCCUUCAUGGAGCAUGUGGAGGAGGCCUUGCUUCAGUGCGAAUGGAGAUCAUACUUCUUUUGCAAGAACUCCAGCAAGAGCGGAGUCAGCAGCAGCUUCUCAGUCCACUUCCUUUGCCUACAACACUUCCUCUCCUUGCAGCAUCUGUUGCAACCAACAAGACUGUUGUGAAUGAUCCCGUACGCCACCUUCAAUCAGCUGUACAAGACCUCCUGCAGGCAGUGAUUGACCUGGUCAACCUGCCAAUCCCUGGACGCUGCUACUUUCCUCGAAUGUUUGUCCUUCGAGACUUGAGUAUUGCUCUCUCUGCCUGCAUCUACCAGUCUCUUUGUGAUUCUGAUUCAUUUGUUGGCCGGCAUGGACAGCAUAAUGGGAUGUCAGGUUGCUAUGACCUUGACUCAUUGGUACAGAGAAGUGUUGUGUACCAGAAUGCCCACUUGACAGCUGGGUACCUGAAAAGGAAACGCCUGAGCAUUGAUGAACCUGACAAGGUCACCACUCUCCCUAGCAAAUGGCCUGGUGUUAUGUCCCUGCGUGCCUUGCUUGCUCGAGAGAGUGAUGAAGAUUCUCCUCGCCUCAACAUCCUCCUCUGUGAAUCUUUUGUUGCCAUUUACUUGAGCCUCCUUGCAUUUGGCUUUGCAACCUGCGAUUGCCACAUCCUCUACAGACUUGUCUCACAGGACUUCAAUGACUCCACAUGGGCAACAAUAUUUGGUGGUGGUGUGAAGAAGUUGGUCAAGGUGGCCUCAUCAACUCCCUCUAAGGCCAUUUCUAUACCCGGCAGUGGAGGUGGACCCGAAUUGAGUUCUAGUGGAGGGGAAUCCAGCAUCUUCAAUACAACCAAACAACGGUUAAAGCUGAACAUGAGGCUUUUGAGCUUCAGUGGCAGUUCAGGGAGCACUGCACCUCCAAUGAAAUUGCACAUAAAGGAAGAUCGACCAACAUACAGGGAAAUGUUUCUUCCUCCUGAGCGCUCCAUGCUUGCUGUCUUCAUGACUAAGCCAACACUGCCAAUGGACUUUAGUGAGAUUGACUAUGACUCAGCUACGUCCAUUGCAUCUGAUCCUGAUGAUGCUUCUGAACCGGAGGACCUGGAUGAAGAUAUUUUUGAUGAAAAGCCUCGCAAAUCAUCUCGAGAUGCAACAAACCUGGAGCACUCAGAUCCCAGCUCAUACUCUUGGGGGAUCCUCCGAUAUGCCAUCAUUCGUGUUGCUAUGGGCUUCCUGGAGAAUUUUUUCAAGAUUGCUGGCAUUGAAAUGCAAGAUCUGCCUGUGGUAAGUCCUUCACUGCACCUUGCUGUGAAGACCCUGGAGCAUUGGCAGAAUAUACAGAAGCACAUCUUGGACUCCCGUCCUUCUCCACCUGAAGAUUACAUUCCUGGUUGUUUUGUGGAGAGUUCAGCUGGGGGUCCUACUAUAUCAAAAUAUCGCUGCAUCCUUUAUCCCACCAAUACCCCUUUCAUAUCGAAAAAUGUGACAGCAGUGCGGCCUAUCAAACGUCUAUGGCAGUACCUGGUCCACCAGGAAACUGUACAGGACAUCUUUGUUCGGUACAUCUUUGGACACCGACGUCACAUUCUGUCAGUGAGUGACUCCACAGUGUUGAUCGAAGACGGAGGAAGUGAGGGUGGACUGGGGUCCAGAUCUGGUCCUAGUCCUGGAAAUGGAGAUAUUGAUGGACCAGCUACUUCUGUCCCUGGACCUGUGAAGAUCAUUCACAAGGACCAAGACUCCAUCUCUUCCUUCUGCAUCAAUAAGGCAGGGUUGAAAAUGAAACAUUUUAAUAUGCAUAUUUUUUUCACACCAACUGUGAGUUCAGGCCUUAUGGCGAUAGCAACCAUGAAGGAGAUCCAAGAACUGGACAUCUCCCUUCUACUUGAGGCUCCAGCCUGGCUUGAGGAUGAGUGCGAAUUUGACAUCCUCAAUCUCAACAGGGAUCCAGAAUUGGCUCCUUCUUCAGGGUUUUUGGUUGUGACGGAUCGCCCAACUGCCCACCUGGCCUCUGUAGGUGGCCAGGGAUCAUCAGGAACCUCUACCUCCUCUAAUGUCAUUGGACAGACUGGACGGGGCACCACUUUGUUAGUGCAUCACAAGUUUGACAGUGUGAAGCGGCUGAGCUCUCAUCCUUUGCUCCCACUUUACCUAAGUGGUUCCCAAGAUGGAUCUGUGAGUCUGUGGGAAUGGGGCCAAAGUGCAUCGCCAGGUCCAUUGGCCCAACCUCGGCUCCCAGGAACAUAUGCCAAGGUCACCCGAGUACACUUCUCUUCCCAUGGCUCCAAGUUUGGAGUUUCAGAUGCAGAUGGCCAAAUGUCCCUCUGGCAGGUUGGCUUUUCAUCCCUUGCCUCCAGACCCUUUUAUACAAUGCAGUGCCAUAGCAAACAGACGAGCGACUUUGUGUUUGUUGGUUCAAGUAGUCUCAUUGCAACUGCUGGGCACAGCUCAGAAAGUCGUAAUGUUGCCAUAUGGGACACACUCCUGCCUCAGAAGAAAGCCCUUGUGCAAGCAUUCAUAUGUCAUGAACAAGGAGCAACUGGGAUUCUGUAUGCUCCCAUGCACCAGAUCCUCAUCACAGGAGGAAAAAAGGGGGUAGUUUGCAUCUGGGAUGUGCGACAACGUCAGCUUCGUCACACAUUUCAAGCCACCCAUCACUCUCACAUCAAGUGUCUCGCUCUUGAUCCCAAUGAGGAGUUCUUUGUCACUGGAUCUGCUGAUGGAGAUAUCAAGGUAUGGAGCCUGGGUGUUCACAACUGUAUGUACAGCUUCCCAGGUGAACAUGCCAAGAGCUCUUUCUUCAAGACAACAGGUCAAGGCGUCACACAACUUCAUGUCGAUGGCAAUGCUCGUCUCUUCUCCUGUGGAGCUGAUGGGUCCAUGAAACUCAGGCAGCUCCCCUUCAAUGUCUUGGAGGGAUUAGGGAGAUUGCCCUGCCUGGGAGGUACGCAGCACCGUGUCUCCCCCCUCGUGACCACCCUCGACGCACCGGGGUGCCAAUAUUUGAAUCUCGGCCCGGGCCGAACCGUCCGUGUCCUCUAUCGCGAAGGAAACCCCGAUCCCGCACAGCCGAACCCGGACGACGUCUCGCUGCUCGAAGGUGAAGAGCCCCGAUGUCCCUCCGGAUUCGGCCUCGAAUCUCCGUCCUUCCCCCGUCCGUGUUCCCCGACCCUCAGUCGAGAGAGCGGGGGAUCCCGAACCCUGUACGAGGCUCAGGACCCCGAGGAAGACUUGGUCGUGGUGCUCCAUCCGCAGGGCAUCAUGGAUCGGGGGGACGACUCCUUGAGGGUGGACGACCUCCACCCCGUCAAGUACGAGGAGCUGGGCGUGCUCAAUCCGGCUUUCGAUGAAUCCGACAUGGUGGCCGCCGUGAAUUCGGUUCUCGUGGACGGUGGCAUUGGAUCUAGCGGCUGUGCGAAGUUGUUCGGUGAUCAAAGUGAUUCCAUUUGCGAGACGGUGAAGACGGUAGCAACUGACAGUACAAAGAAGAUAUUCCCAGAGGACACCUCUGUCGCUUCUCCAUCGUGCGAUUCUACAAAGGGGGAGCCAAGGUCAGAGGGCAAAAAUGACUCAGAUUUCAUCCAGCAGAAAAGGAAGUGGAAUCGAACUAGUGCCAAAUCCUGGACUAUGGACCAAGACAUCGUAUGCUGGAUCGCAGAGGAUGAUCUGCCUUUAUACCCAGUGCAGAAAUCUGGAUUCAAGAAGUUCAUGGGAAAGAGGUUCCUUCAGAAACUCUCUGGGCACUUCAAACAUAGUGCCACUGUCAUGCCUGUGCUUCGCAUGGUCCUGGAAGAAAAGAAGUCCCCUUCUCAUGAAUUGAUACAAGAUGUGCCCACAAGAUGGACAUCGACCUACAACAUGCUGGAGCUCUGUCAUGUAAUUGAUUAA